UCAGCAUGAGUUCGACAGAGUUGAAGAUGUCGGAAGGCCGAUCCUUUGUCGCUAAUAAUCCUUUGCAUGGAAAGAAUUCUCCGGCGAAUAUCAAAUUCACCGAACUGGCCGCCAAGGAUAUCCUCGUCGCGUGUAUAGUGUUUGCGAUUACUGGGUCUAGUGCCGCUUACUUCGUACGACCCACCCUCCGGUAUAUCGUUUCCAGUACGUUCCUGGGGCCCUUUUUAGGCCUAGAUGAAGCCAGCAGCCUUGUUGCAGGUCCCUGGGCAUUCCGUGUGAUGUACUUUACAGUCAUGUGGCCUAUGUAUACCGUUCUGCUACUAGCUGUGGGUACUUUGGCAGGCAUGGGCACAUUCUUCCGUCCCUUUGUGCUGAAGAUGUGGUCGCGCAUUCUGCCUCGAGCUGCAGCGGCAAAGCUGGGACAGCUACUAUCCUAGUCCGGGUAUACAUCAUCAACACACAACGUGUAUAGGACGUUCCUUGUUUGGCUGGGAAGUUCGCUGUGAGUUGACAUCUCAGCCAAUUGGCCGGGUCUUUGCAGGAUAGGGGUAUAUAGUUCGUAUGCUGGUCCAUCGGUAUGGUGGUAGAUGGCUGGCCGUGGGAUCUCCUGCACGGAUCACAGCACUUAGUUCUGCUUGCUGGGUUGAGUAUGCCAUGAGCUGAGCAGCCCUCGGGCGAGUUAAUGUAGUCGGAACACCCAUAUAUGUUCACCUGAAACACAUCAAAUUGGCGAUGAAAAGAUGCACUGGCUAUUUAUCCAGACAUUGCAUAUGGUUUCAGUCAGAGAUACGAGAGUAAUCUGCUUGAUAUGUGUUCGACCCGAGGUUUGGCUGGGACAGAGGCUUGUGGGUUAGAGCGUUGCUGCGCCGUAUCAUUCUGUGAGGGCCGUAUUCUCAGGAGUUCUUCACGGGCAGACAAUUGGUAGCGAAUCUGUGAUUGGUGCUAAGAGCAUCAUGCGCUGCUUCAAGAAUAUAUAGAGAGGGAUAUGUAAGCGUAAAGCGACACCCGUGUAUGUACCUGCGAAGUUACAUCAUGGGCUGUAUAGUUCAGUGUAUCUCUAUCGUCCUUGUGAUAUAAACAUGUUCACGUUGUUCGACUCUGUUCAUGUUUAUAUUGAAGAACGUUUCAGAAUGGAUGAGUAAACAUCAUUGGAGUCAUUUAAGCCCUUCUGAUGAAGGCUGGGUAGACGUCAUUGAACGCUCACAUUGGUUCCGUCAGUAUGGAGUAGAGAAUGAGAUAAAAAUUAUUCUGCGAAAUAUACACUACGAACGGUAAUUUAAGUAUCUGUAUAAAUGUAUAUAUAUAUAUACAUGUGUAUACCG